AGAGGUUCUAGCUUAAGGAUGACAUAAUGACAAUGAAGAUAGAGAUGCUUGAUGAUAUAUCAGAGAUGUUCCCUUUACUGAUCUUCAGGAGAAAUCCAUACCUUCAGAAAAGAUCUCGUGUACUCGAAAAACGGGGUUGUUACAAUAAACCUUCAUACUUCACACUCAUCAACUAAGCUAUAUAUAAUAAAUUCAUUAUAGGUAUCCAAAUGCACCUGUCACCUCCAUCUUCCCUCAAUCAAGUUGUCAUUCCCGUUUCAGAAACUAAUCAAACAAGACACCAUCAUAAUAAAGGCAGCCUUGCAAGUCCACCAGGUAAGUGAGUUUGUUGUGCUAUUGCCAAACUUUUCUAAAUCUGUUCUAGUUAUAUUUGGUAAAAUUAAACAAAUCCAAAAAUUUUAUGGUACACCAUUAUUUUUUAUAAAAUGCAAAAUGAAGAGUUUUAUAAAAUGCAAAAUUCAUCUUUUGAUGAGCUAAAGAUUAGUUAUAAAUAUAAUAAGGUUUAAUUGUUUGUUAGUUUUCAAAAUCCUGACUUGUGUGGAAAGCUUUUUUGGAAAUUCUGACUUGUGUGGGUGGAUCGCCGUUUCUAGCGGCAUGUACACCUAGUCCCUCACCAAGGAAAGAAAAAUAUAUUAUUAAAAAUAAAUUAAAUUAUAUAUAUUUUUAUAUAUGAAUAUAUAAUAGCUGAUUUUGUAUGUAUACAUAGCAUUUUUUAUUUUUUUAUUAUAUUUUUUUAUUUAACAUAUAUGGAUAUUCUUGGAAUUGUAUAUAAAGAAUUAAGGAUUUGUAACAUACAAGGGGCAAUAAUGGUGAAAAGAGCAGAGAGGAUACUUCUGAGACUCUGAGAGCAAGGGUAGUGGUGGUGGCAGUGGCCGUGGCAGCGUUGAGAUGAGAUCAGAGCCAUCGAUAACAUCACUUGAGAGUGGAAUAACAUUGAGCACAUCAACGCUGGUAGUUCUGUCAAGCAGGGUAUCAAAGGCGCUGAGGUUUGAGGACUUGCUGAGAGCACCAGCUGAGUUGAUUGGGAGAGGGAUGCAUGGGAGCCUCUACAAGGUGAUGCUAGUCAACGGUGUGUUCUUGGCUGUGAAGAGGAUCAAGGAUUGGGGAAUCUCCAAAAGUGAUUUCCAGAGGAGAAUUGGGAAAGUUAGCCAAGUCAACCAUCCAUUUGUGUUGCCACCUCUUGCUUACUAUUGUUCCCGCUAAGAGAAGCUUCUUGCAUAUGAGUACAUGGACAAUGGGAGUCUCUUCAACAUGCUCUACAAAGUUGGCCCUCUGGUACAAAAUUCUUGAGCUUAGGUUCUUGCUUCAGAAGCCAUUUUCAAGUUCAAAUAGGUUACCUCAGGAUCCGGUCAAGUUUUCAUUUUGUGAAGCAGAUGAAAAUGUUAGAGUAGCAUACUCAGAUUUGAUUACUUCUUCCAAUGAGACUUUAGAUUCUAUAUUGGAACUCCAAGAGCUGCACAAUAUAGGACAAAGUUCUACUCAUCACGUGCACGACAACACCUUAACUGCAGCUGUGAUUUUUUAUGAGAUUCCAGAAGACGUUAAAGAGGUUUUCUUAACGGGUGCUACUUCCAAGCUCGGCAGAUAAAUACAUUUUUCUAGGAUUAGUAUAAGGACUAAGUUUUUUAUGUACAUAGUAUCACUUUUCUUUUUCUUUUUUAUAUGAAAUGUUCAUAGAGUUUAAGUGUUAUAACUAUUUUUUUUCUUUUUUCUUUUUAUUUGCAUCACGAAGCAAACUUGUA